GCGGCUCUCGAAAUACAUUUGAAUCUAAUAUCCGAUUUUUAACAUGAAAUACAUGAUAGUUCUCGCAGCAAUGCUGCUAGCCGCCUUUGCACGUUGCCAACCAAGUACCAGCGCAUUGCUGGGUGAUUGCGUGGCGUGGUGUUCGGACAGAAACUCGACCCCGAACACGAUCCAAUCAUGCCUCUUGGCAAAUUGCAACACUUGCAAAUUGGUUGGUAAAUAACUAUGGUAGGUAGAUGGAAUACUGGCGACGACGUGUGCUAAUCAUUGGUUCACGUGAAGAAGUUGGAGUGCCAUUGGUUGACUUUGAUGAA